CACAGACGAUAACAAGCUUUUGCAAGAAAUAAUCAUUUAACCGCUUUGUAGUUUACUUGCAUUGAUUCUAGACAGUGUUUUCACGUGAGAUGUUGAACAGUACAGCAGCAUGAGUGGGCUCUCUGUGGUUCCCCAGCGUGCUGUGUUUUAUUGGACGGUCCCUCCAGUCGUUACUAGGGGCGUGGGACCAAGCGAGCUGAAUGGGAAACACAUUUGUGCUCCUCUCCGUUUUAUUAACCUGUGGAGAGGCGAUGACAAGCGAAAACAGUUCUCGGCGUAAAUUAAUUGCCGAGGGGACGACAGGCAAAGUAAAAUUCCCUGUGUCUUAAAGCGGCCCGACUGGUCUUUAACUACACGCCGUGCAUACAGCAACCACGGGAGAGACUCGGCAUCGUUCACUGCAGCCGAAGAGAUGGAUGCAAGGACUUGAAAGAGGAGACAAAUACAACGUAUUCUUUAUUUUUCACUCGUUAAUAUGGAGUCAGUGUUCAGUUAGCAAAGGCAGAGUUGAACCUGAAUUUGUUUGCGGUCGUUCGGGUGGCUUUUAUACGUGGAAAUGGGGAUAAUGGGCAGAUAGGGCGUUUUAAAGUCCACCUUUUGCCGUGGACAAUCGGCUAACGUUAGCGAAGGCUUUCCGAUACUGGACCUGGCGGGUCUGUCUGUGUCGUGUACAGCUAGCCUGUCUGUAGCCGAGGUUAUUUUUCUCGUUUUUCCUCGCUUUCUGAACUAAGCUCUUGAAAUCGGUUGAAAUCUCAUCUAUGCCAUCUAUCCCAGUGUCGCUAGAGGCCUCUGCUGGCAAACUGCGUCACCGAGUGGGCGCUGCAGGUAUUCAUCUCUACAUCUGCAGGUUGAAAGUCUAGCCAUGGCACGAAUGACCUGGAAACCCAAGUGACUGAACUUUUAGAUCACCAUGGAGCCGGAGGCCAAUUCAAGCUCCGAGGCCCACCAAGAACUGAAAUAUCCAUCUUUACCCAACUCUAAGUGUGAACUGGGCCUAAAUAUGUAUGAGGCCAUAGGUGAUGGAAAUGUCAAUGUUGUUGACUCAGUAGUGAGGGGUGGGAGUGACCCCAGUACGUAUCCUUCAUCCAGUUAUCAGAAGAUUGUGCAUCAGCGAUUCAUCAGGAGAAGUCUGUGGUUCUCUGACACAGAUGAACAGGCGUUUGAAGCACCUGAGUGCGAUAACAGGAGUAAGAUCCUAAAUAUAAACCUGCGAACUAUAGUGGACAGGACGCGGGGGACCAGUUGCGGGAUACAGGAAGGUUCCAGCACAGAAAGUCAAGGUGGGCAAAAAGACGCCAGUGCCGAUGAGGAGAAGGAGAAAGGUGGAGAUGCGUUGAAUCUUGCAUACAGUGAUGCUGGUAAAACCGCUAUCAAGGCAGCCAGUGAGGAGAACGAGGAGGAGGCAGAGAUGAAAGCAGUCUCCACAUCUCCAGGAGGAAGAUUCCUCAAAUUUGACAUAGAGCUGGGCAGAGGGUCCUUCAAGACGGUCUACAAAGGCCUGGACACUGAGACCUGGGUGGAAGUUGCCUGGUGUGAGCUUCAGGAUCGCAAGCUGUCAAAAGUGGAACGUCAGCGCUUUAAGGAGGAGGCAGAGAUGUUGAAGGGUCUUCAACAUCCCAACAUUGUCCGUUUCUAUGACUUUUGGGAGUCACCCCUUAAAGGGAAGAAGUGCAUUGUUUUAGUAACAGAGCUCAUGACGUCAGGAACACUAAAAACUUACCUAAAGCGUUUCAAGGUAAUGAAGCCAAAAGUGCUGAGGAGCUGGUGCAGACAGAUCCUGAAAGGUCUUCACUUCCUCCACACCAGGACCCCUCCCAUCAUCCAUAGGGACCUCAAAUGUGAUAACAUAUUUAUCACUGGACCUACUGGCUCGGUCAAGAUAGGGGAUUUAGGACUGGCAACGCUCAAGGCGGCUUCUUUUGCUAAGAGCGUUAUAGGCACUCCAGAGUUCAUGGCUCCAGAGAUGUAUGAGGAACACUAUGAUGAGGCUGUGGAUGUCUACGCCUUUGGCAUGUGUAUGCUAGAGAUGGCCACCUCAGAAUACCCCUACUCAGAGUGUCAGAAUGCUGCUCAGAUAUACCGCAAAGUCACUAGUGGAGUGAAGCCAGCCAGCUACAACAAGGUCGUGGAUCCUGAAAUCAAGGAGAUUAUUGGGGAGUGCAUCUGCCAAAAGAAAGAGGAGCGGUACACCAUCAAGGACCUGUUGAACCAUGCUUUCUUUGCUGAGGACACAGGUGUAAGGGUUGAACUAGCUGAGGAGGAUGAUGGGAAGAAGCCCUCAAUAGCCCUGAAACUGUGGGUGGAGGACCACAAGAAGUUAAAAGGGAAGUAUAAGGAGAGUGGAGCCAUCGAGUUCACGUUUGACCUGGAAAAGGAGAUCCCAGAGAAUGUGGCACAAGAGAUGGUUGAGUCUGGCUUCUUCCAUGAGAGUGAUGCUAAGACUGUGGGAAAGUCGAUCAGGGACCGUGUGGCACUGAUCAAAUGGAGAAGAGAGAGAACAGUGUCUGCUGCACUUGCAGAGGAUCAUGGUGAAGGGGGACACCGGGUCCAGAUGACACCAUCUCAGGGCAUCUCUGCUGGUGUGGUGCGUGCAGGACAGCCUUUGCUGGAACCAGAAGAGCCAGAGGCAGACCAGCACAACAGGCUGCGUAACCUACCAGCAAGUGCCACUUCAGUGACAUCAGACGGCACACUUGACAGUGGCAUGGGGUCCACUGUGUACUCAGACUCCCACAGCAGCCAGCAGAGUGUCCUCUACCAGUCCCUGUUGGAGCCUAUUACUAUGGCAACACAGCAGUGCCAGAGCAGUAGCCCUUCUCUGACAGAUCGACCUCACUCCUGUGAAAAGGGUGAAGUAUGGGGAGCAACACUGAGCCCAGAUCUCAUGACUCGAUUGGGAGCUGCAGACCGGAGAGGAAGUGCCCCUGUUAUUGACACUCACAGGGCAAACCACAUUGCUCAACGCCGUGCCCUCCUUCAGUCUCAGAGAUCAGUCAGUCCCAACCCCACAGUGCCAGAGAAUCAGACGGAACUCAGCCCCUCUGAGCUUUACUCAGAGGCUAAGGAUGGGGCCCCCCUGCACAGGGCUUUGCCAAUGCUGCUGGUCACCCCUGCAUCUUCACCUUCUGAGUACCGCCGCUUUAGUGACACCGGCAUCACACAGUCAUCAGAAGCCACCAGUGAAAACUUAACACUGCCUGCGCCAAGUGGACGCAGACACUCUGACCUUAGUAGUCUUCUGAGUCUGACCUCUCAUCAUAACCACCAUUUAAUGCAUAGAAGCCACGUGUGCCAGGCUUGCCUCUCUAUGCUUCUUCUAAGGUCACGGGAAGCAAGCCUCUGCUGUCCUCCUGUUGUCAUGCCAACACACAACUGUCCAUGUGACUUGAGACACCACCCAUGCUCUGGUGGAACAAUGACUACCCCUGGUUAUGGACGGCUGAAAGGUUCAAGUGAUUGUUCCGAUUUCUCACUGUUUCAGCAGUCCUUGUUCAAUAUAAUCAGCCGCAAAGCAGCCCCUUGUCACACCACACCCACCCAAGCCUCCCUGCUGCACUCCUCAGCUAACCGCAGGCCUACCUGCAGUGAUGAAGACAGCAGUGUGAAGAGUCAUCUCCUGAGUGUCAGUUUGGUUGGGGACCAGGAACCCUUCCAGGACUAUGUGGAUAGACUAUGUACUGAAGAACAGCAAGUUACCAGGGCUGUGGGAGUGGCCAGUUCGGCAGGACACCAGAAUCAGCCAUCUGUCCAGGGCCUGCCUUCUUCCAGCACAGCAGUCCACACACCCCUGCAGUACCUCCAGCCUGGACACAGCUACCCUGCUACUCCAUAUGCUGGCCAACACAAUGCUGGAACACCAGCUCCAGCCACUCUAUGUUCAGUAAACAUCCAGCAUACAGUCAGUGCUGCUAGCUUCACACAUCCAAGUGUGCAACAGACCCAAGCUGCAUCAGGAUAUCCUACUCCAGUUCACCAACACAUUGCAGCAGCAGCAACCACCCUGCCAGCACAGCAGUCAGCACAAAACUACCCUCUAGCAUCUGUAGCCCCAACUAUGGCAGCCACAACCCAGUGUCAUCCUGCACAAGCUCCCAGCGCGCUGCAACAGGUCCAAGGCGCAGUCAGACCUCCAAGUCAGCAGCCUGGUCAGAGCUCCUCUACACCAGCACUUUACAGCCAACAGAUACCUGUUCAGCAAGAGCACCAACAGCCCUUACUGCAAAACACUCAGUCCAAUAUACAACUAAUACAACAUGCUGGGCAGGCUUAUAUUCAGCCUCAACUCCAACAUAGCCAAGACAUUCAGCAUGCCAUACAACAACAAAUGGCACAACAGCCUACCCACCAGUCUCCUGGUCAGCAGCAAGUACAUACCCCAACACUACAGAAGCACAGUCAAAAAACCAUGCAGACAGCAGUUCCACAACAGAGCCAGGAUGUAUACCAGUCUACAGUCCAACCAGUUCAGACCCCAGCUCCUCAACCUCAUCCCACACCAACCCCACUUGAGCAAGUUGCAGCCACACACCAGAGUUACCCUGCUGCAGGUCUACCUGAUGCUGAAAGCUAUGCACGUUCUGCCCUCAAUGCACUACAGCAACAGACUGCUUCAGCUCAGAGCCAUUACCUGCCUGCACAGUCUACUUCUGCUAUUCCACAGAGCUAUGGAGGUAACCAGAUAGUGACUCCUCAGAGCCUUCAAGCCUCUACCCAGCAUAGUCAGGCUACACAUCUUACCCAACAGUUUCAACCCUAUCUUUGCGUCGCUGCUUUCCCGAAUCAGAAUAUUCCUGCCGGUCAGAGCAUUUCACUGCUUGGACAAGAUGGACAGGGCCAUGGGCAGAAUCUCAGCCAGUCAGCUUCUGGUGUGCCAGUCCAGGCACUUCCUCCUCAACAGUCAAUGGCUCCGGCUGCUGUCCAGCAACAACUCCAACCUCGGCAGAUGUCAUACUCUCUACCACCAACACAUCCAUCCCAGUAUCCCACAGUCCAGGUGAUGACAGCUGUGACUGACUGUGAAUCCUCAUACCCUCACUCCUGCACUGCCCCUCACCCUUCAACCUCUUCUUCUCUUAAUCCCAUCUUCCUUUCUCCUGGACAGACUCUCCCUGUGACCCCCUCUGUGUCCCCCCCUUCUCCUCUGCACAUUGAAAACGCGUUACUUUCCCCCAUUCCAGUGUCUCUCCUACCGUCCCCCUCACCCGUACUGGGUAAGGUGGGACCCACAUCCCCACAGCACCAGCCCACUGCUGCUCUGCAGCAAAGUGUUAGAUCUGAAGCUUCUCAUUUACAGCCUGCAUUUAUAUCUGCACUAACCAGCACCCACCCCAUACACACACACACUGCCCUGUCCCAGAACACACACCCUCCCACAAAUGGCAGCACUCAGCCUCUCAGACAGCAGGCCCAGGUCAGCCAUCCUGAGCUUGUCUCCUCUGCUCAGCUCACCCAACCUGUAGUAUUCUCCUCACCUGUGCAGAAUGGUUUAGACUUGGGCACAGACCCCACUGCUGCCCAGCUAGACAACAGGAAUCCAUGCCAGCUGCAGAUCCAGUCCCAGAGUCAGCUUCAGAGCCAGAUUCCUGUGCUGCAGCCCUUUGACUCUCAGAGAGCAUCAUCUGGGUCUACCAGUUCUAGUCUGACUCAGCAGAAACAGCUCAGUACUCUCACAGGAGCUGCAGGUCAGGGUCUAACAGACACCAACACGGAGGAUCAAGCCACAGAGAAACACACUGGAGGACAGAGCUGUGACAGUGUCAACUCUGAUGCCACGUCAGGGAAAGAGAUGAGUGAUGGUUACGAGGGGACACAUGGAGGUAAAGGCGAAGGAAAAGUCCGCAAACAUCGCAGGUCCACACGCACUCGUUCUCGGCAAGAGAAGAUCAACAGGCCAAAGCUUAGUAUGCUCAAUGUGUGUAACACUGGUGAUAAGAUGGUAGAGUGUCAGUUGGAAACUCAUAACCAUAAAAUGGUCACUUUCAAGUUUGACCUGGAUGGAGAUGCACCGGAAGAGAUUGCUACAUACAUGGUGGAGAAUGAUUUCAUUCUGCCUUUAGAAAAGGAAGUGUUCAUCGAGCAACUGAAGGACAUUGUGGACAAGGCUGAGGACAUGCUGAGUGAGGACACAGAGGGUGAGAGAAACUCUGACCAGGGAGGCAGUCCCAAACAGAGUGAAGGAGCUGGCAUACUGGGAACUGAGGGAUGGAAAGCUUCCACACCCAGCACCCCACAGCUGGUGUACCAGCAAAAUGUCCUACACACUGGCAAGCGUUGGUUUAUCAUCUGCCCUGUAGCUGAGACACCAAUGUUAGACAAAGAGAAGACUACAUCUCACACCUCGACAGCACAGGAACCUGAAAAAUCUGCCUCAUCAUCAGUCAGGUCCGACAGCAAUACAACUGCAGUGACUACCCCAGUCGCAUCUUUAUCCUCCCACAGUCCAUCCUCCUCCUCUCUGCCCCCUGCAGCUCAGACCUCAGUGCAACAACAAGACCAAAAUAUUGACAAAGCCCGAAUCCAGCAGCCCCAGCCGUGUCUAACUAAACAUGCCCUUGCUGCUGCUUGUGUCAGCCAUCGCAACUCCCUUCCUGUGGAAGAGCCAUGCAUCUCUGCUGUCUCUAUGGUAACGGACAUGCCAUGCUGCCCUAUUGUGCCACCUGUCUCUCUGGAUGUGAAUGCUAUUGAUAAAGGAGCUGGUGGUGGUUUGGCCUCCUCUCAAACUAAUCAGCAGAAUCAGAAGCUCAGUCCAACUGGAGAACAACCCCCUCAGCUUGCCUCCCAUCAGUCGGUGGUCCUGCAGCAACCCUAUGCCACACCCAUUCAGCCUGGUACAGUCACCUCCCAGCCCCAGAGUCCAGCACAUCAGCCCUCUCAGAACUCCCAGCCUUCAAGCCAUCAGCAGCCAGUGAGUGGUGGGCCAGGAGAGUCGGACAGCGAGGGGCCACGCAGGGUGGAGUUUGUUGACCGCACCAUUAAGACUUUGGAUGAGAAGCUGCGAAACCUGUUGUACCAGGAGCAUUCUCCCUGCCAGCCCUCCAGCACUGCGUCUGACGCCCAGGCCUCCAGUACAGAGGGAGUCAGCUCACCUCCAGUCUCAGACGUCCAGAGCACUGAGGGAGCACUUUCAAAGAAGAAAGUGGAGCUACUGCCUCAGAUUCCUGAGCGCACAGAUAGUGUGGGUGCAUUAAGUGACUCUGCAGUGGCAGCCACAAGCAGGGUUUUGAACAGAAGAGAUGUGACCACCAGCUCCAGUUCAUACAGCAGCUCCAAAGGCCGUUUUCAAAUCAUUCCAACUCCACCAGAUGUAAUCUUUCGAUUAGAGAAAAGCAAGACAAGCUGCAGCACCUGCAGUUCUCCAGCUCCCUCUAGUGGUUCUGGAGGGUCACACAGCCAGACCCAGGGCCCAGGCAGGAAAGAGAAGGGUGGAGUGGCUGUGGACAGGUCCUCUGUGACCACUGCGGCUGAUAAUGACAAUGCAGGAACAUCCAAACCCCAAAGUAGUAACCGUUACUCUGCCCCACCGGACUUCUACCAGGCCACCCCCACUUCCAGCCCGGAUCUCACCCCCCGCCACAUCCCCCGGGCCCAGACCAUCGACACUCCAACCCAUCACCACUACCACCACUCCUUUCACCUCUACUCUGACUCGGGAGAUGAGGACAGCAGUAGUGUGGCCCUUCCCCCAGCCCACCCAGCUCCCCCAGCUCAUGCCCUGUCUGAGCACAGUGGAAGCGACCUCAUGAAGAGGGCAGUGGCCUUCCUGCGGCGCUCCGGUCGGAGCAAAAGUGAGCAGAGUUCUGAUUCACCAAGCAGACAGCCCGUGGCAAUGAAUGGUCACGCUCCUUCAGCUUCUGCAGGACAUGCCCAGUCAUCCUACAUCAGCAGUGACAAUGACUCCGAGUUUGAGGAUGCAGAUAUGAGGAAAGAACUACAGAAACUGAGAGAAAAACACAUGAAGGAGAUCUCUGAGCUGCAGGCGUUCCAGAGGAAUGAGAUUGAGCGACUGUACAAGGAGCUGGGAAAAACAUUGCCCCCCAAUGUCGGACUACUUCACGCUGCACCCCCAAGUGGUCGAAGGCGCAGGGCCAGCAAACACAAGCUGAAGGCUGGAAAACUACUCAAUCCGAUGGUGCAGCAGCUCAAAAACAAUCUUAACACUUCCACAGAGAGGAAAGGUGAAAGUGCUGCCAGUUCAUCUGGCUCCCCUGCUAAAAGUUCAGUUCUGUCAGAUGGCUCUGCCCACUCCAGUGGCAGCUCCAGCUCUAGCAAUCAGCCCAGCACCGCCCCAGAGCAGGUCCACACCCAGCAACCCUGUUCCUUGAAAGGCUCUUUCUCCUCAGACAACAUCUACGCUGGACUACAUGGUGAUGGAACGGCCAACCAAGCUGGCACUGGUCAAGGCUGGACGGUUUACCACCAAACGUCAGAGAGAGUCACCUAUAAAUCUAGUAGCAAACCACGCACUAGAUUCCUCAGUGGACCUGUGUCUCUGUCCAUCUGGUCCACUCUGAAACGACUAUGUCUAGGCAAAGAGCGCAGUAGUAGGUCUUCUCUGAGCACCGCUACAGCGCAGAUGGCCUCCAGCCAGCCACAGCCGUCAUUCACAGCAGCCACACCCUCGCUGUCUCCUCAGCCAAUCCCACGGCUUGCUCAGGUCCAGACCAACAACAGCAACAACAAGAGAGGCACGUUCACCGACGACCUUCACAAACUGGUCGAUGACUGGACAAGGGAGACUGUUGCGGCAGCCAAUCAGCCGCGCCCCUCCCUGAAUCAGAUCAAACAGCAGAGACGCCAGCAGGACCUGGAGGGCAGGGCGCCACCCAUGGGAGCAGCUACACAUGAGAUGAAAUGCCAUGUUGGUCCCAGCAACUUCAAGCUGCCUCUUACCUGCCCCCUGACUGCUGCUUUAGGCCCUGGUGUGCCAACAACCCUAACUCCUAGUCCCAACUCCUCAACAAAGCUCUCUCCUGGGUUCCUUUUGCCAGCAGGCUCCUACGGUGGGAUGGUUCCUGGUCCUCUUUACCCUCAGCCGUGGCCUGGCAUGCCUAGUCCCGUAGGCUCCAUGGGUCCAGUAGGCCUGCUUGGUGCUGCAAGUAUGAUGCCCUAUGCCACAAUGGCAAACCCAGGCAUCAAAGCCUACCCUCUGGUAAUGCAUGACCCUGAGAAUGGCCCCUGUCCAAAAACCACAAGGACUACUUAAAUUGUUAACAAAAAUGUGUAAGUGUGUAUAGGCAGGACAGUCCAACUCCGCUCUGUUUCACCAGAGCCACACAUGUACAUAAUCUGAUCUUGUAAAUAACAUGACGCAAGUGUUGGUAUUCUUUAUACAACACAUAUAUCUGUAGUCAGUUGAGUGAGUGAGUGAGAGUGUGUGUGUGUGUGUGUGUGUGUGUGUGUGUGUAUACUAUACAGUACAUGUUAAGUAUGUAUGCCUGAAUACCUAAUGCUUUUUGGCUUCGGUCUUGACUAAACUCAGCCAUACGAGACAUUUUGUCUGCGGUCACGAAAACAUAUUUCACUUUAUUCUUUUAUCACUUCAGCUGUCACAAGGAUUUAGCCUUUCUGUGUUACGUAGAUGUUAAACACUACAUUUGAAUCCUAAUACCAGUGGUUUGAGAUACAAUAACGGGACAGUAUUUAUGACAAAGAAGGAAUGUAGUGCCUUGAACAUUGAUUUAUGUUUAGUUUUUUCUUCUGUGAAGCAAAGCAUCUCUGCAUCAAAGCAUUUCUGCAUCUAAGUUAUUUUAUUUGAUGGUAGCUUUAGUGCAGUCUCCUUUUUUAUUUUUUUUAAUGCGUUGCGGACACUUUUUUUGGUUUACAUAUGAAUGCCCUUGUAGUACUGCACUAUAAACACAGUAUAUGCUCUUAUUUAAAUAAUAAAAUUAUGUUUUAACCCUUGUUUACUUUCCACCCCUGUGACAGAUGGAAUGCCAUAGUGGUGAGAUGUACCGUUGCCUUGCAGAAACAAAUGGUUAAUGUAAGACUGAUGAGAGAAGGGAAAAUAAAUAUUAAGCCAGCAGCCAAAAUCCACUCUUUCAGGUCAAAUGGUUCAGUUGGAUGCGGCCUCUUUUUUUUUUUUUGAUAGGACAACUGAUGCAUUGGACAGCACAUGAGUUGGCAGUGUUGUAGCCUUGUGCUCAGAGGAAAGGGUUCAGAGCCAUAUUUACUGUAUGUAGUUCUUUCUACAGUAUAUGCCUCUGGUAGUGUUCUGAUCAGAAUGUAGCAAUUAAUAUGUGAAUUUUUGAGGCUUAAAAGUGCAAUUUAACCCCUCCACAAAGCUUUGAUAGUGGCCUUGCCACAAGCCUUAUCACAGAUGUGUGCAACAGGAGCAAGUGAAAAGUUGAACUAAGUUACAAAAUCACAAAACAACAGACGUUAAUUUACCAGGCAAAGUGUAAACAUUACAAACCACCAAGCUAAUACUCUGAAGUCGUCACUACUGCUAAAUGUACUUUCAACUUGGCUGUCCUAUUACUCAGCAUACACUGUAAAAUGUUUUGUGCAAACACCAGUGAAAUCUGACGUUUUUAAAUGAUCUGAUGUUUAAAGCUUGAUUUUUUUUUUUUUUUUUUUUUUUAAUGCUGCUGCUAUUGUCUGAGGUGAUUCCACUGUACAGUAAUGGAUUCAAUUCACAUAAGAUGGUACUUAAAUUAAAGUCCUCAAAUUAACAAACAAGACAAAGCAGUGUUAUUGCCUUGUUGAAAUUUUGUUGUUGUUUAUUUCCAAGGUUGCUUGUGAUGGCAGCUUUUUUUGGUCAUUUUCUUUUCAAUAAUAUAUUGAAAAAUUCAAACGAUACUUGAUGUGGGAGAUUUGCACAAGAUAUAGUCUCCCUAAUGUCUAACCAAUGUUUAAAGAGUUUCCUACACUGUGUAUAUAGUAAGUUUCACCGCCUGUAAUUUUUUAUCACUGACAAGCAUGGCUGACUUUUCAUGUUGCACAACGCAAAGAUAAACAAUACAGCUACUGUGGUUAGAGAUGUCACAUCUCCACAACACAUUUGAAACGUUUCAGCACCCCAAUCCUGCCAAGCUGUGAACUGUACAGUUUUCUUGUAGUCUAUAUUUGUACGUUUUGUUUUGUUUGACUGUUUAGUGGUGGUGGUGGAGGGGUUGCUUUGAUGUAUAUUAUUCCAUCAAUUCGGUUUGAAUUGGACUUUUAUAGGAUACUAUGCAGAGUCUUCUGCUUUGGUGAAAUACUUCCAGUAGUAAGAGAUUUCUGUUCUCUGUCACUUGUAUCUGGUAUAUUUUGUUCCACCUCCCUCUGCUAACUCAUGGGGAGCAGAAGAUGGAGUAACUAUUGCUGGCUAACUCUUUUGGAUGCAGUGAUCAAAAGGGGAGAGCUGAAAUGCACAGAGAAGGAGCAGAUACUUCCUGCUCUGCCCAUCUCGCUUCUCUCUGGACAACAUUGCCACCUGGUUUAACUGUGUGGGAUUGCUUUUGCCUGCCAUGAAGUCCCACUGCAUUACCCCACCCUACCCUGCUGCACUCGAAUCACAGACUGUAUGUUGAGAGAGAAAUAAAUAUUAUUUUGUGCUUGA